AUAUAUUACAGUAUAAGAGAGAGAAGCUCCCAGCAGCUUUCAGACCCUUGGAAAGAAUAUUUCUUAGAGAAGAAAUAUUGUUAAUGUUUUAGUCAUGUGACGAUAACAAUGACCAAAACAGCUGGUGAACAUUUAAUUUUUGAAUAUUUUAACAAGUUUUGGCACUAUCUUACAAGUUUUGAGAUCAACUGGUCAGAUACAUAUAAAUAUAACUGGUUAGGUUACAAGGAGAAUCCAUAGGAGAAAAAGCAAGUGCUGAAAUGAAGAGAAGAAGAGAUAUGGAAGUAGAGUCAACUGAAAUAAGAAGUGCUAUUGAAGAACUAUCUAUGAUGCAGCUCCUCAAAGUCAAAGUUAAACCUGAAGAACAUGCUGCUGUUGAUGAUAAUAAUAAAACCAUUAAUUCCCAUAUUCCUACCAUGCCUUUUCUCUCUAUCUCCAAUUUGGUCCUUCAAGUUCUUGAUAAGAUAGGGCCGACAAUGGCAGUAUUGAGACAAGACGUCUAUCAAAAUAUCCAGAGAUUGGAAAAGGUGCAUGAUUCAGAUCCUUCCCUCUACUCAAAUAUGGUCGAGAUAUUGAAGAAAGAGAUUAGUGAAGGCAAAGAAAAAAAGGGUCCUAGCUGUUGCAAAGCUCUUCUUUGGCUCACCAGAUCGUUGGAUUUCGCCUUAGCAUUAUUACAAUUACUAGCUGAAGAUUUAGAGAGGAACAUGGAGCAAGCUGUUCAGGAAUCUUACAAUAACACCCUUAAGCCAUGGCAUGGAUGGAUCUCCUCAGCUGCCUUCAAGGUAGCGUUAAAGCUAGUUCCAGACAGCAAGGGGUUUAUUACAAUUCUCAUGGGCAAAGAUAAAAAUAACGAAGACUUUAAGAAGGAAUUGCGCACCUUCAUUUCACUACUGGCACCUUUGUUAAAGGAAAUUCAAGUCCUUUUGGGUGCAUAUGGUCUUGAUAGGUUAAAAUCUACUUGAAGAUGAAGUGCCCAGAAAGUGAGACAAGCUGUAUAUAACUUUUAAGUUUUCUGACCAUUAUCCUUUUUUCCUUGUUAUGUAAAUAUACAUCUCAAGUUGUUGUAUGACAAGUUCAGUUAUGUGAACACUUCCUUUGGUACCUACGUACUGUAAACACCAAAACGGGAAGUGAUGUGUACUUUUUAUUCUAAUUCGUGACUUUUAUGGUUAGAUUGCGUGGUUUCUUGUAAACACCAGCUACAUGUAAGUAAUGCUCCUGGUGUUUGCAUCAAACAAUUUAAUUUAGGACAUGUAUCCCGCAUAUAAACUUUUAUUACAUAAUUAUAGUUGAUUUAUUUAUUUUUGUUUCAA